UUUGACAUUGUGAGAAAUAUUGUAUUUUGUUGUUGUUUAAUUUUUAAGUAAUUUAAGAAUUUACUACUUAUAUAUUUUGCUAAUCUGUUUGUAGCACCAUUUAUAAGCUAAAACUCCAUUCCACAAAAGUAAAGAUAAGAACUAUGGGAGAUAGACAAAGGUGCCCAUGCUGCACGACUUGCGAGGAAUGUCCAUAUUUUCAAAAUGUUGUCAACGUUAAAAGUGCCGGUUUGCUUAUUUACCGUUAUUUUUGUGCUCAAGGGGUAAAUAUUUAUACGGGAAAAAAUGAAAGUUCUACAGAAAUAUUUAUUCUACAAAACACAAAAAAUUAUGAUAUUGCUUCAGAGAAGUUGAUUCCCAAACUUGGUCAGUAUAAGAAGUGCCCACGCUGUAAAUAUAUCCUUGAACAUGCAGAAAAAAUAUUGCAUAAUAUCCCUACAGUUAAUAAGCUCGAUGUACUUGGUAUAUGUGAUAAGUGUCGAACUAAAGACCGUAAAGGUAUUUCAUCCUGCGAGUGUAGUGAAGUCAUUAAAAAGUUUAUUGCAAUCAAAAAAUCCUCAAAAAAGGAAGCCACAAAGACAAUCAAAAGACAAUCUAACGCAUCAAGACAAAUAUACGUUCGUCCUAGAUCAGAAUCAUUAGAUAACAUUAUAUGUCACAUAAAUUCAAAACAGAAACGUGAGCCUCAAGUAAACCAAUUAACUGUAGGUAAAAAAGAAUUACAUGAAACAAAUCUUAUAGAACUUCAACAAAAAAGAAUUUCGUUUCCCAAAAUUGGUCAAAAAAUUCGAUUGACACCCAAAAAUUAUUCUGAUUCUGAAUUAACAGAAUCAGACGCUGAUAUACAUCGUUUUGGAAGCAAUGUUAAAUUUAAAAAACCACUUUAUUCGGAUGAAAAAAUUAAUUGGCCUGUGCAUGAUGCAAAGCUUUUUCAAUCAUACGCAACAGACAAAGAAUAUCCACGAAGACGAAUUUCUAUUUCUGAAGAAUCUCUAUUUUUUAAUUUUCAUGAUUUAAUAGAAAAAUCUGACCAUCAACCACAGCCAAAAUUAGACUCACUACGUCCUUCUACACAUAUUCAGAAAGAAAUCAAACUUAAGGAUAACGAACCGUCUAUUUUGGACUUGAUAGCGGAACAAAAUCGUCGUAGAAAUGAAUUUGUGGAACAGAAUGCUCAUGAAUUUGAAACUACAAGAAAGUCAGAUGUGGGAACUGGCAGUUUAAAAACUAAAAUGGGAACGAUGUUGUCACCUGAUACUCUCCCAAAAUAUAGCUCCGAUAAAGCUUUUUCUUCUUCCCUUUUAGCUAAGACUAAAGAAUUGUUACAGAAAGAUUUUAGUUAUUUUUUUAUAAAUGAAGCUGAGCUAAUAAAGAAACCAGUUCAAGUACAUAAGAGUUCUUCAGAAUUAAUAAAAGACACUCAAGAUAUGUUACUUGCAAGAGAAGAGGAUUUAAAAAGAAAAAAUGAAGAAGAAUUAGUACGUCGAUUAAAUGAGGAUGAUAAAAAAAGAAAAGCUAGUGAAAGGAAGAUUAUACUUCUUGAAGAAAGCAAAACAGUUUUUCAAGAAGAUAUACAGGAAAAGAAAAGAGAAAAAAAUGUUCUAGAAAAAUUGGAUACCAGCAGGAAGAAAACGAUCAGUAUAGGAAGAGUAAGUAAAGAUGUAAAAGAAACGUCAGAGAAAAGUGUAAAAAGUGGGACAAAAGCUGAGCCGAAAAGUGAUAAAAAUGCAGUGGUGAACUCUAAAAAAGCUCAAAACAAAGAGGCAAGACAAGUUAAAGAAUUAAGUUUAAAACUAGAGAAAGAACAUAAGCUGAGAGAAAAGAAAAAUCUGAAACGAGAAAAAGAAGACCAAUCUAAGAAAGAAAUACGUGAAAGGGUUAAAAAUCAAUCCGCUCGUGAAAAAGAAAAAAAGGAACCGUCUGAAAAAGGGAAAAAAGAAAAACCAGUAACAGACAAAGAAACACGUAUACAAGUAAAAGAAAAACAAUUUGAAAAAGAAAGUAAAACACGUGAACAGGAAAAAAAUGAAAUAGACAAGAUUGAAAAACAAAAAUACUCCAAACAAAUAGAAGACAAGUCUGCAAAAGAACAAAAAAACACCAAAGAAAUAGAAGACAAGUCUGCAAAAGAACAAAAAAACACCAAAGAAAUAGAAGAUAAGUCUGAAAAAGAAAAGGAUAUUGCUGAAAUUUCAAAAAUUGAAAAGCGGAAAGACGAAGAAAAAGUGAUAGAAAAGAAGACAUUUUCGGCGGAUAUGAGUAAAGCAAAAGAAGACGCUGCAUUAAAAUUAAAAGCUUUUCGAGAAAUGGAACAUAAAACUGAAAGUGUACAAAAACAGCCAAAACCUGUACAAAAGAGUGAGGAACCAAAAAUCAAAGAGUUGAACAUUAAUGAAGUAAAGAUUAGAGGACCUCCACAUGAUGAUUUAAUUUUACAAUUAGUUAAAUUGAAACAAUCAGAAGUUGCCGAAAAGAGACAUCGAGCCAGAAAUAUAUCAGAAAUUCACAUUCCUCUGACGCUUAUUGCAGAUCAUAAAAGGGAUCAUAAAGGUAUCAAAAUGGCUACGUGUGCUAUCUGUAAUGAUUCUGAGCUGGAGCUUGACAUUGAAGAGAUAACAAUAAAUAAAGCCGAAAGGGUUGAGAUAAAUAAUAUCAUUAUUGGUCAAAAAAUUUUCAAAUAUAAAAAGUCGUUCAUAGAAAAGUCUGAUGAAAAAAAAACUUUUCCUAUAUUUAUGACAUUUAAUGAGGAUCUUAUCAGUGUACCCAAAAUUAAUAUUGAUGAUAUAUCUGAACAAUUAGAACGCAAGCCGCCGGCCGCGGCUGGAAAAUAUGCCGAACAAGAUCAACCAAAAGGUAUAAUACGUUACGCGUUAUCUGAUAGAACUUUCAUUGAAAAGGGUUGGACUAUGUUACCAACAGAAAAAGUGGUUAGAAAGAUGAAUGUCUAUCGAAUGCGACCGGCGCAUCCCGAAUUUGAUUGGUUUGAACAUAAUAAAAACAAGAAAAUAAUGCAUUACGAUACUGGCGAAAAAUUGGCUGAGUUUGAUGAUAGCGGUCGGGGCCGCUUAUAUUACAGGAGUGGCCGGUUGGCUCUAGACUACUAUGAUGCAGAAGAAAUUAAUGCGCAGCAGCGCUUUGUUAUCCACAGCAGCGGGGAGCCCGAUACGCGUGGCUGUUCACGUCCAUUAGCUAUUCUCGCAACUUUUGAUUACCUUGGCAAUGGUAUCGUGUUCGAUCACACUGGUAAAAUAAGACUCAAAUAUAAUCAGACGGAAGGAGUGAUUCUCGACCGUAGCAUCGGGCCUGUAUCGCACUGGAAAUGGCACACUUUAAACGACCCUCCAGUACUACAACAAGUUAUGAUAGAUACGCAAAUGGCACACAAAGAUCCUGAUAUCAUCAAACUUGGCGGCCCCGCAGAGAGUAAAACGCGACCCGAUAACGAAGAAAUGCUCGCUAUUGAGUUUGACAACUUUAUAAAAGAGAAGAGUAAAAAGCUGUCUCAAAAAUUUAAACCAUUUCAAAUAAAAAUGAAAGCUUUGAAAAUAAACGAACAUUUUUCCCUAAGAGUAUUGGACCAAGCUACAAUAUAUUUGAUUUUCAGAGACGGCUCGACUAAUCUUAAAAUAAACCUAGGGAUGAUAUUGGAUCAUCAAGAAAUUAUCGAUACAGAUACCGCAGAAGUAGGAGAAGUUUCAAAUAGUUUGGAAAGAUUUCCUGCUCGCACUGAUAGUUUGGCAGCUCUUCAGAAGAGUGUCGCUUUUGCACAAAGAGUUGAGAGGUCUCGAGUAGAACGUGAGCGCCGCUUACGCCCGACUCAGCCAUGUUCUAGUUCAGACAAAACCACUUUAGUCUCGCGUCCACUCCGUGCUCCAUUACGCGCUGUGGCAUCAGAAGGCACGGUUGCAACAUGUAAUUGUAGAUGUAGGAAACUACCGUCAAAUAAUCUUUAUUAUGAUACGCGUCUUGUUUAAUAAAAUUAAUGCAUAAAUUAA